UUUUUUUUUUUUUUUUUUCUUUUGUUGUGGUGGUGGCUGGACCAGUCCGUUGAAGAGGUGGUACCAGUAGUGGGGCGCGGUGUGCACAAUGGGGGUUUUGUUUGCAUCCCCAGCGCAUCCGCCAGCACUUUGUUCUCUCAAUCUUUUGUAUUACUUUUCGUGGGCGGCCCUCUUGGCUGACUUCUUCUUUUCUGGUUUGCUUGGUGUUGUCAAAAAAGCCCUUGCAAAGCGCCUCGUGUUCAUUUGGGACAUGGCUUGUGGGGUCCCCUUCUGUGCUCUAGUGGUCUUGCAGUCUGGGCUCUUUUUCUUUCUUCCUUAGACCCCUCUCGACCAGCACAGACGACCGUGGCGACAGUGGGCACAACGG